ACAACAUGUUUACUUCUUUUUCACAUGUAUUAGAAAGCUUUGGACUACUUGUCUAUUAGUCAAGAAAUUGUGACAAAAUGCACACUGAUAAUGAUGAUGGUAGACUGGAGAAAAAACAUCAACAAAAGCUGCUCCCUCAGAAGACACAUCCCUCAGCAAAUCAGGAGUAUGGACAAAUGAUGUAUAAUCCUGGGUUUAUGCAAGAAAUGGGAUAUCCUCCUGAAGGAGAUGUCCAAUCAUAUAUCAUGCCUCCCGAAGUGAAAACCUUUUUGGUGUAUUUUCGAAAGCAGAUAAUGGACCAGAAUGUCUAUGAAAUUCAAUCAGCAUAUGAUAUCAGCUUUAAUGGUUUGACUGAAAUCUACUUUCAAAAGUCACCUUGGCCAGACCCAAAGUAUAUAGCACCUCUUUGUCGCAAUGAUGAGAUGUUCAUCAUCCUAUAUAAAGAGCUAUAUUACAGGCACAUCUAUGCAAAGUUGUCGCCCUCCCUGGAACACAGAAAGGAUUCCUAUUAUAACUACUGCCAACUAUUCAACUACAUUUUAAAUGAGUCUGAGCCAGUACCCCUUGCUCUUCCAAACCAAUGGCUGUGGGAUAUCAUAGAUGAAUUUAUUUAUCAAUUCCAGUCUUUCACUCAUUACAAAGCAAAAGUGGCAAAAAUGCCUGAGGAGGAUAAAAUGUCGUUGAAGGAAGAUCAAAACAAGAUAUGGAAUGUACACAGUGUGUUGAACGUGCUGUACUCUUUGGUUGAAAUAUCAAGAAUCAACGAGCAACUUGAAGUGUAUGCUGCAGAUGGCGAUCCAGACACUGUCGCAGGGGAUUUUGGGAAACUGCCGCUGUACAAGAUGUUCGGCUAUUUCAGCUUAAUUGGUUUGCUUAGGCUUCACUCCCUGCUUGGAGAUUAUUACCAGGCGAUAAAAGUGUUGGGAAAUGUUGAUCUUCACAAGAAGACCUUGUAUUCUCGAGUCCCAGCAUGCCAAGUCACAACUUACUAUUACGUUGGUUUUGCCUACAUGAUGAUGCGUCGCUACCAGGAUGCAAUUCGAAGUUUCACAAAUAUUUUGCUGUACAUCCAAAGGGCUAAAAGCCUAACCCAGUCAAAAUCUUACCAGUUCGAUCAGAUGAUGAAAAAUAAUGAAAAGAUGCACAAUCUUCUUUUGAUUUGCCUGGUUUUGUGUCCACAGAGAAUCGAUGAAAGUAUUCAUCAACAACUAAGAGAAAAGUUUGGUGACAAGAUGAAUAAAAUGCAGAAAGGGGACAAACAAUGCUUCGAAGAAUGCUUCUCAUUCAGCUGCCCGAAAUUCGUCUCCCCAGUGCCAACAAACUAUGAUGCCCCGCCUACAAACACACAUCUGGUGACGUUCAACUUGCAACUUAAGAUGUUUAAAAACGAAAUUGAGCAACAAAUUGAUAUACCAGUUAUAAGGAGUUUCUUGAAGCUCUACACAACGAUGCCAAUAUCAAAGCUAGCAGCCUUCUUGGAAGUUGACGAAGAAACUCUGCGAACUAAACUGCUAUGCUACAAGCAUAAACAGAGGAACAUGGUGUGGACAAAAGGAACUGAUGCACUCGAAGGCGAGUUUCAAUCUUCCUCAGAAGUUGACUUCUAUAUUGAUCAGGACAUGAUCCACAUUGCUGACACCAAGGUUGCACGAAGAUAUGGGGACUUCUUUAUACGUCACAUUGGGAAAAUUGAAGAUCUGAACCUCAAUGUAAAAGCUCUGGGUUCUACGAAGGCAUGAAAAUUUCGAAAGUCACAGUAGCAUGGACGACAAUAUUGAAGUUGAACAAAUAUUUAUGACAACAAAUGUUUAAA